CUUGCCUCGAUCUCGUGUCGUCAAAAGCUUCAAAAUGGCGGAUGAGACAACAAAAAUGUAUUUUUGUUUGAGGGUGCUUGCUGUUUUAUUUAUUGUCUCUUUUGUAUCAGCCGACAUCAUCAUUCAAGGUCAGAACUGCGGAUCGCAGCAAGAACCACUGGUUGUGAGAAUGACGAAUAAAGAUGAAGACUGGAUUGUAUCUCACGCUGGUACAGACUAUUAUCAGCCAGACAAGGAUUGCAUUGUCACAAUCAUUGGAAAACCAUAUUACCAAUUUCAGAUUGAGAUCCUCACGAUUAACAUUGACAGCCGAAGCUACGUGAGCGAUUUCUGCAAGGGAAGAUGCUGCAAUGAUUAUCUCAAAAUGUUCAACAGUUAUCGCGUGGACAACGCUCGUCGUUUCCCGACUAUCCCAUGGCGAGGGCUUUGCGGGAGCGAGAUUCCGAAGAAAAGCACCUUUAUUACAACUCAGAACUAUGUUACCAUCCAGUUUAACGUGGACACAUUCCAGGACAACAUGCGCGGCUUCUCUUUGCGAAUCAUUCAGUACCUGCGCCGUUACAGUGGCAACGUGAACCCGGAGUCUGGGUACAUCGGUGGCUGGAACGAUGGCACUCUCAACGAGAUACAGCUAGCGUGGAACGAGCAGGAGUCGAUCCCCGGCGACUACAUUCCGGGUGGAACCCCCGACUACGGCCAAGAACAAAAUGGUGUGACGUGCUAUGAGUGCUACAGGUGUCGCAUCGACUAUUUUAAUCCUAGUUCUGCUGUGGAUAUGUCCACAGUUCGCACGGGUUGCUUUGUGUGCUCUAAGGAAUGGCAGGAUGCCAUUGCAAGUGCCAACCGGAAAUGCUACUCGCGCUCCCAGUACAACAGCCUGCUUCUGACCCUGAAAGAUACAUCCACUGGUUCUGGAACUGUUUCAGACUUUCGGGGCUGCCGUAAAUUCAUGAACAUCCAAGGUAUUUUUAUGAACUAUUGUAUGUGCGAUGAUAAAGACAAGUGCAACCAUGCUGUUGUGUUGGAAGGUGGGCGUAUGUCUUUUUUCUUUGGGACUGUACUUUCAUUAGUACUAAUACGUUAUGUAUGAGUGUAAGGUGAACAUCUUUUGUUUUCUUUCUUUAUUUACUAUAUGUACUUGGAGAGGAAUGGGGAGGGGCAUAGUGGAAGAAGUAUGCAGAUAAUAAGUGCACUUACAUAGCACGCUUACCACCCAUUUAAGUUCAGCGCACUUUCCAGCGCACUUACCACUGUUAAGACUGUAAAUGAUAGUGGCAAGGAGCAUGCAGUAGACCCUCCAGAUAGUAGUACCUGUGGUAGUUAAGUAGCAUCCUUGUGAUCAUGCAUAUUAGUUUGUUUUGGGACAUAAAUUGAUUAUAUUAAUUACACUUUAGCUUAUGCCAUGAGUCUUAUGCUGUAUAAACUUGUUUUUCAGAGAAUUAGCAUAUUUUAUAGUGUCAUUUUUUUAAAAACAGAAAAUAUUUUUGCUAUGUAAAGAAAUGAAAAACCUUGUAAAGCUGAAUGCUGGGGUUUAGUUGGCAGCAGACAUCUUGGUAGAUAGCACUGUCUUUAUUUCAAUUUUGCUGUCCUGCUGUUGUCGACACACUUUGAACUUCUCCUCGCCCUCAUUCUGGGCAUUUUAGUUUGUGUUUUUAAAAUUUUAAUUUGCUAAAGUUGUAAAAGCUACUGAAGUAUUUUGAAAAAGUUUGAGCAAAAUGGUUGUUAUUAAAUUGUACUAGGUGGCAGUGGGAAGGAGGGGGGAGGGAAAAAAGAGCAACUCUUACUAGGAGUGACAAUAGCUUGAUAUUGUUCCCUUUAUAUGUCUAUCUUUAGUUUAGUUAGUUUAGUCCUUGUUGCUCCUCUGAGGAGCAUAGGGCCGCAACAACACCUCGCCAGCAGACCUAGUAUAGGGCAGCCUCCCCCCUUCAGAUGAGCCCAGGUGGUUCCGAUGUCCUUUGCCUCGCUCCUACUGUUCUUUUCGAAGUCUGCUUCGGUCUCUCAACUCUCCUCUUCCCAUGAGGGUUCCAGUCAAGUGCUUGCCUGGCAAUGGUGUCAGCUGGUUUGCGCAGAGUGUGUUAUGUCUAUCUUUGCUUUGGAAAUUUUGCUAGAAUUUCUAUCUUCUGUUUUGUUUAAAGACAAUGCUCAGCGAAAUAGACAGUGCCUUAUUAACAACAAAAGUAUAGUUGUUAACAUAAUUAUGAAUACUACAUAUGAUUAAUUUCUUAUACCAUGUGUCCACAUAUCACCUCUCAGAAACAAUUUGUACAGGACAUUUUAUAUUAUAUUUAUGUAGGAUAUGUAGAAAAGCAAGGAAAAAAGUACGUCAAAUGCUGUUUAGAUGUAAUUGUUCCCCCAAAUAUUCACUGAGUAUAGUUUAAAAUAGCUUUUCCAUUUUUAAAAUGAUUAACAAUUGGCAAUGCUUGUGUCAUUAUUUACGUUUUCCACAGAUGUUUUGCAGGAGAAAAAAGACAAAAAUAAUUUGUUCAACAAAAAUUUGAAAUGAGUAAAUGAAAGUCAAUAAUAAGAAAUUGCAUAGUUAUAAAAGCAAUCACCAGUUAUUUGCUAAGUUAUGUAUUUCUUAUUCAAACAGUAGAAGAGCUAGUGGCAAUACCUGACUAAUUGCUUGUUUGGGGAUGCGAUCUCUUUCUUGACAUAGUGAAAUGGCAUGAAAGUAAACUUGUCUGAAAGUAGUAAUAUGUAGUUUAGUACGUGUCAUUUUUAGCAUCAAUAUGUUUGUACUGUAAGAAUGUUUACUAUGUGCAUUUAGCUGUAUUAAUAGGAGGGUCUGCCUGAUGGUUAGCAGUUUCAGAGUAGGUUUCAGGUUCAAGGUCCAUUCUUGCCUGAAAAUAUUUUCCUGCUCAUCCAGAAGCAAUGGUAGCUGAUUUUUUUUUAAUUGUGGCAGUGAGUUGGGUCAUACAUUAAACAUGCCCUGACUUAGACACACUAAACCACUUACGGUUCACAGUCACAACAGCUACUAGGCUAUGGGACUUUUAACAGCUGUGUGAAUAUCUGCAUUAACAGGAAACUUUCAUCCUCAGAAAUUUUCUGUUUUGUGUGUGUGUGUGUACCUUAUUCACUUCCAGACAUUCCGAAAUAAGGAUUGUUUGUGUACAGAUAUAAACUGAUUUGUGAAAUAAGUGCUGUACAUAUAAAGUAAUAAACUGGUUAGUGAAAUAAGUACUGUACAUAAAGACAUGAACUGGUUAGUGAAAUCUGAUAACUUGUGGAUAAAACAACAGAGAAUUAGUGGAAGGAAACACUCAUCUGUCAUCGUGAAUGUUAUACACAGAUAUUCUUCUUUAUUUGGUGAAUGUUCAUCUCUUAUCUAUUUUCAAGAUCAUUGUAAAUCCUUUGAAGAAAAUUAUUUUGUAAUAUUGCCAUGUAAAGUGAAUGUUUUGUUCUCACAUUUCAUUACAUUUUAUGUAGCUCCAGAGCAGUGACCUUUUCGAAGGGUUGUAGGUUUUCAAAUAUGUUGAAUAAAAUCAUGUAACAUAAUUUUGAAUACUUUUUUUUGAGGCUAUUCUCGUAGAAAAUUUGCUUAGUUCUGUCCUUGUGGUUCGCAAUAUGUACAUAUAUAAAACUGGUUUUCAGAUAUGUUAAAUAAAAUCAUGUAAUAUAAUUGUAAAUACUUUUUUUUAUGGCUGUUAUUCUUGAAGAAAAUUUUGCUUAGUUCUGUCCAUGUGGUUCACAAUAUGUACAUAUAUAAAACUACAAAGUUCCUUACAUAUCAAGAUGCUCAAAAUAUUUUUCUAGUUUAUUUCCAGCAAAUUCUUUGUGAAACAAUUGUGUAUGUGCUAUGUGUAUACUCUUUGUUAUGUGUUUUAAUACAUAAUUUUAUUCUUUAUUGUUAUUCUGUUAUACAUGCUAUAGUAAAACCUCUCUAUAAAGACUUGCUAGAAUACACAAAAAUCAAAUCAACUGAGAGGGAUCUUAAUAGGGAGAUCAACCAGUUGGCUUUUAUUCCACAAACUACGACUUCAAAACGCCUGUACAGGGGCAGUUAAGACAGAAGUGUUGGUUUUGGGGUUUUUUUUGCAAAAAUUAGUGAAAGAGAUCAAACUGCCGGCCGUAUGUCAGGUUGGAAAGGUAGUCGUAAUAGGGAUGACUUUUAUAUAGCGAAAUUAUAGUGAAAAAUUUCUGGAUCAUGAUCGGGAAAGUCUUAAUACAGAGGUUUUACUGUAUUAGUAUUACUAAGUGACUUGAAUACAGUGAAAAUCUAUAUUAGGCAGUUUCCUAUCGCUAGAUAAGCUAGCACAUUACAGCUUUGAAUUUUGUGUGCAACUUUUGAGUAAAUCUAGAUUUUUGACUUAACACAUUCAGUCUGAACUGGACCAAUUACUUCCCACAGGUUGUGUGGUAUGCAUUUUGAUCUUCAAAAACACAUUUUAAUCUUACAAAAUUUGUAAAGCAAUCAGAAGGAAGAUGCAGACUUUGUCUCUCAUCAUUCUUUGAAUUCUUGGAUAACAGGUUUUUAUUAUUUGUUUUACUGGCAGCAUUUAGAGACUUUAGAAACUACUGAUUAAAACUAUCAUACUUAAAGACAGAGUUCCUCACAUGGAUUAAUUCAAGCAGGUCAUGUCAGUUUAGUGAAAGAGCAGUCAUUCAACUUAUUAUUGGUCAGUAUUCUUUUAAUGCUUUUGAAAAAUAUUUCGGCAACCAAAUAGUGGAAAAUCGAUAAUGAAGGCAAUAGCCACAUAUUGUUAUUUGCAUAUAUGUAUAUUUAUAAAAAAAUAGAAAGGGACAUUUUUGCAUACUCAGGUAUUAAGGAUCAUUCCUAUGAUGUACAUCAGAAUUGGCAUAGACAGGUUGUGAAUAAGACCAGCAUUUAUGCUCUUUUAAAGUGUUUGCAGAUAUUUUAGUAACAUUGUAUUGAGAAUGUGCUGUUUUUUAUACUGGAAAGGUCGCAUGUUACUUUAGGUAUAUGUGACUUUUCAAUGAACUGCAUACUGAUUUAACAAUGAGUACUUCAUUCCAUUUUUUUCCCUAUUAAUACUAAUAAAGAAAGAAAAGCUGUA